ACAGUUCGUGAAUGCAGCAAAAGUUCGAAAACUAUGGCGGCGGAGUGUUUGCAAACAACACUCACAGAGCAGUGGAUACGGGACAGACUGCAGUUAAAGCAUCCAUGUCUGGGUGAUGUCCGGUCUCUGAGCAUCCCCGGGACCCACGAGGAGAAGAUCAGACAUCUGGGGGAUGCUCUGAACAGUUUUGUCCGUCUGAAGUCUCUGGAUCUGUCCUAUAAUGCUCUCAUCUCUGUGGAGGGGGUGCAACACUUAAAAAUGCUGGAGAGGUUGAUCCUCUACUGUAACAGACUACCAUCACUAGAAGGGAUUAAAGUGCUGUUUGAGCUUCCAGUUUUGAAAGAGCUGGACGUCAGACUCAACCCGCUGACUGAAAACUACCCUGACUACCAAGCUUAUCUGGUGCAUGCCAUGCCCAACCUGCGUAAACUUGAUAGCUGCUCAGUUAAAAACGUUGAGCGCAAAGCUGCCAUGCUGCAGUUUUCCUCUGAUCUUCCUCCUCAGCAGAAGAGAUCCUCUCUGAAUCUGGCUGAAGAUCAAAGUUAUGACAUUGUGUUAAACGUUGCUGCCACUAAUCAUGGAGGCCAACGUGCAACUAGCUCCGACUCACUUUACAAAGAAUCGGAGGAGCUCAAAGGGAGACGGUCAGAAAAUGUUAUAGAACAGAGAUGCUCAACCCCAAAACAGGACUCUUCUAAAUCCAUCUUAAGGUCUCCUCUUAAAAAUGGUAAAACAGAGUCCAAUGGGUCAAAGGUGAAUGAACAACUUCAGACAAAAUCUUUUUCCCCAUCUAAAGUCACUGAAAGACCCAAAGUGUCUUUUGGGCCGUGGAUAGACAAACAAAAACCUAUGCAUGGAAAACAAAAGCAAAAAGACCCCCCCAAACAAACCAGACAUGCUGCUAAGGGACAUUUUACUCCAAAUCCUGAUCAAGGUAGUCAUCGUGACUCUGCGUUUAUUAAUAUCCGGCCUCCAAGUCCACUACAUCCCGGUUUGAAUCUUUCUGAUCCUUGUAACCCCAUCCUACACCCUCCAAGACUGACUUACUCGAGCUUCAACAAAACAGAAGAGGGCACCGGGCUGCGGCCACAAGCCGAAAAGAAAAAGAAGGGCAGUUACAGGAAACCCCUGGAGAUGCUGCUCAACCUAGUGGACAAACACUGGAGGGGAGAGAGGUCACUGCAUCAUAACAACAACUUCCUGUCACAAGCGGUGCAGAUCCUCUCUAUGAUGGAGAGUGAUAUUUCCAGUCGAGAAGCGGAGGUCAGGACCCUAAGACAGGAUGUUGAUGCACUUAGCUUUCAAACUGCAGCACGAGAAGAGGAACACAAAACUGAAGUCAGAAAUCUCUCUGCUCAGCUGGAGGAAGCUCGCAGAGAUAUGGGCAAACUGAAUGAGCAGCUGAGGAUCGUCUUGGAGGAGAAUGUUGCACUACAGAAACAGCUCAUCAAGUUAGAGCGUCAGUAUCUCAGAUCUGUGAUGAAAAGUUCACCGAUUACUCAGAUCAGAGAAGCUCAAACAGAAGUGGAUGAGCUGAGAAAAGAGAUUGAAGGGUUGAGGAAGAAAGUGCAAGAAGCUGAGAAAGUCCAAGAACUCUCAAAUAUGCUGCAAGAGAGCCACAGGUCCCUGGUGGCGACCAACGAGUGUUUGCUAGCUGAGCUGAAGGGAAGUGGGGAACAUUAAAGUCAAAUUUGAAUGAAGGCAUGCACGCCAGGAAAAAAAAAAACCACAUGCAAGACUAUGCCAAGCAUCAUAAGGUGCAGCCAUUUUAGAUAUUUUUUAAUAGUAUUGUACCUUAUUUAAAUCACUUCAGUGUACAUUUAAGUUCCUUGCCUUAUUUGAUGAAGUGCUACUUAUUUUAAAAGAAUAUAUAUCAGCUGUCUUCUUGAUGUAAACAGUAGCAGGGAAAAGCAAUUCAUUCAUGAAACUUUGUGUAUAAGUGUGUGUCAGGUCUGUUAUGUUAACAAAUGAUUUUAGUUGGAAAAAUGUGCGAAGGUCAAAAUGUGUUUUUUGGAUCCGUAGCAAGAUUGCCACUCUCUCUCUUGCUCUCUUUUUUUUUCUUUUUUAAGGUCAGUUGUGUCUCCAUCUGCUUUAUACACCGCAGCUGCACUGUGACUUUAUUUAUACGUCUGCCUCAGGCCUGGAGAGCUGCUUGCACACAUGCACUUUCCUCUCACAGCCGUGAACACGAGACUUGGCCCAGCAGCUUAGAACUUAUAUGCUACGCAAAUUGAAGCUGCAGUUUCCUGGAAAAGCCAUAAGACUAUUAACGCAUUUCGUUGUCGACACCUAUACUCAGCAAAAGUUCAGGGGUGUUUUUUUUUUGUUUGUUUAUUUUAUUUUCAAUAAAGAACUCUAAAUCAUGAACACACUUUAAGAAGUCUUGAGAACAAGAAAAAAAACACACUGCAUGCACUUGGGCACAAUAGUACAUUAAAAGUUAUUUGAGGGAAAAAAAAAGGUGUUCAUCCACAUUAAAGGUGCACAUUAUUUGGCAUGAAGCACAGAAAACAAGAAAACAUACACAAGCUAGAUGAAAACUAAAACACAGGGAGCUGCUAGUUUUCCAAUUGAUGCACGAUUCUUCAUCAGCUGAGGCUACAGGAAGAGAGUUAAAACACAAAACUGUCCUCUUGGAAAAAUAUUUUACAAAAGUAUACUGUCUGCAGUUUUCCCUUUUUAUAUGGAGUAUUAUGGAAGUAAACAUGUAAACCCUGCUUUUUCAGUUAAACCUGUGCCAUAGAUGACAGUCACAAACAUAAAAGGGUUCAGACGACUAGAAUAGCUUUAGAGGAUAGCGUACUUUGUACACAAACGAGUUGAUACAUAUUGAUUUCAAACAAUACAAGAUUUUGUCAUGAUCCCACAGUCUCAUUACUUGGCAUAUUUAGCAAGAAAAGUCUUAAGUCUCUCCUCACAGCAGGCACAGCAGUUUGGAAAGACAGACAAACUCUACUUCUGAAUUAAAUGUAAUAUACAUAACAUGCACAAAGUACAGCAAUACAGAAAAACUAAAAACAUGAAGCCAGUGUCUUAAAUUAAGCUACGUGGUUGAGACUCCUUAAGAGUAUAUACACAAUCUCACCACAAAUAUAUUAGAACUAUUAACUCUGACGAGGAAAUAAGUAAAAUG